AUGCCUCCCAGCGCCAACCUCAUAACAAAGCUCAAGGUCCAGCUCAAACUGACCAUUGCGCGUCUGCGCAUGGUGCAGCAGCGCGAUGAGCAACUUGGAAAGACCGCGCGUAGAGCCAUGGCUCAGCUCCUCGAAGCCGGAAAGGAAGAUUCAGCCCGCAUUCGUGUCGAGAACAUCAUCCGAUCCGACAUCACCUCCGAGCUUCACGAGAUUCUCGAACUCUAUUGCGAACUGCUGCUUGCGCGCUCUGGACUGCUAGAGGGACAUACCGUUGAUCCUGGACUGGAAGAGGCGGUUCAGAGUUUGAUUUACGCUGCGCCUAAGACGGAGAUUAAAGAGCUUGGCACUGUGAGGACGCUUUUGGCGGAGAAGUAUGGAAAGGAAUAUGUUCUUGCGGCGACGGAGAAUUCGGAUGGAAAGGUCAAUGAGAAGGUUGUCAAGAAACUCAGCGUUACGCCUCCUAGGGAGGAGCUUGUCGUUGGAUACCUUGAGGAAAUCGCCCGGGCUUACGGCGUCGACUGGCCCAAGAAGGAGGCUGUCUCGCCACCCCCAGAAUUACUCGACGAAGACGACGACGACGAUGAGCCAUCCGGCGGACAAAAGGCAAAGGCCGCACCACUCACCGCAGACCCAGCCAUGAACACUCCCGUUAAGAAACUAGCAGGCGGGGGUCCCACGAGUCCACUAACAGUGACACCGCCAAGAAUGACGACUGAUAACAUACAUCCCAAGGUCACGCUAGGAUCUGUAGAGUUGAAGCCGAGUAAGAAGAUGGAGGCUGCGGCGCGGAAGGGAGAGCCUGAUGGAUCUGUUCCUGAUCUUGGAGACUUGGAGAGACGGUUUGCGGCUUUGAAGAAGCGAUGA